AAUAAGGAAAAUACAAAUCACAUUUUCGAAAUUUCUGCCAUUUUUACGGAAAAAAUGCACAUUCGCCGUCUCAGACUCGACGACGAACAAGAAGAAGAAGAUGAACUUCAGCCUCAGCCACAACCUCACAACUCUACCAAUUUUCCCUCGGAGCCACUUGUUAUCUCCGACGACGACUUCGUCGACGUCUCCGAUGACUUCUUCCCUCCAACUCCACCACCGCCUCCGCCUGUUCCUGAACCUCAAGCUUCGGAUUCUCCCGUCAACGAUUUUCUUCGCCGCACGGGAUUGUGCUUGAAGAGAAUCUGGCUUACUGAUUGUCUUCGCGAACUAGGGGUUUCAGUGAGGGGCUUCGAAGGUUUCGAUGUCGCCACAAAAGCUAAACUCUGCUUCGAGCAGUUUUUGUUUUCUGAUUUCAACUUCUGUGGUAGCGGCGUUCUUCCUCCUAAUGUUGAUUCCAUGCAUCUCGCUGUUCUCCCUGGUCCUUACGUAUUGCAGGUUGAUGAAAUUGUCAAUAUCACUUGUCCUCUACGAGGCAGAUAUGAAAAAGCUCCUCAGGGGCUUAAAAGGUGCCUGAAGUUGUCAAUGACUGAUGGUAUUCAGAGAGUCUUUGGGAUGGAGUACAGGCCUAUUCAAGCUCUUGAAGUUUGUGCGUCUUCUGGUUUAAAGGUCGCUAUCUCUAAUAUACAUGUGCGUCGUGGACUUAUGAUGCUGGUCCCUGAAACCAUUGAAGUAUUGGGGGGAUUAGUCGAGCAGCUGGAUGCAGCAAGAAAGAGGCUGGUUGAUGAACUAAAUAAGCCACCUAGGGGAAAUAGAACCAGAAAUGGAGUGCUUCCUCCUUUAGCAACCCGAGCGGCUCUUGCGGCAUGGCCUUCAGGUGGAGUUGAUGAUCUCAGGCACAGUGGCUCGACGCUGCACAAUACUGAUACUGCGCAGGCAAACAACCAAGGUGCUGGUCACAGCAUUCCUGUCUCUGGUAACAACUCAACAACUGAAGAUACUUUGCGCAUGGGUGCACAACAUGCUACAUCCAAUUCAGUACCCCAAAUGGUUUCCAAUGUGGAGCGAAUGAAUAUUGAUAUGCAGCUCCAACGGCGUUCCAGCUUAACAGCGGAAGACACUUAUUCGUUUAUGGGUGCACAAAAUGCUACAUCCAAUUCAGUACCCUAUGUGGUUUCAAAUGUGGAGCGAAUGAAUAUUGAUAUGCAGCGCCAGCGGCGUUCCAGCUUAACAAUGGAAGACACUUCUUCGUUUAUCGGUGCACAAAAUGCUACAUCCAAUUCAAUACCCAACAUAGUUUCAAAUGUGGAGCGAAUGAAUAUUGAUAUGCAGCGCCAGCGGCGUUCCAGCUUAACAACUGAAGACACUUCUUUGCUUAUAGGUGCACAAAAUGCUACUUCCAAUUCAGUACCUCACAUGGUUCCAAAUGUGGAGCCAAUGAAUAUUGAUAUACAGCGGGGUACUGAUCCCGUGUUCAAUGAUAGUUCAACAGCUAAUCAGUCUUCUUCAAUGGCUGAUGAGAUGCAUAUAGAUACUGCUAAUAUUACAAUGGAAAAUUCUGUUAGCAACCGAUCUUCUCACAUGCACUCAAAUGUUGCUGCGGCAUACGGAAACACUGUUCAUGUAAUGAGAGAAGGUCCUGUGCCUAUUGAAUGUUUUCCUGUUUCUGAAAAUGUUGAGACAUACAGGAAUAGAGUUCCUGAAAAUGCUCCUUGGAACAGAUCCUCCUCCACUGCAUUUAACAAUGAAGAUAUCUUGACUGUUGACACCAGUGACAAUCCACUCAUACCGUCUGGAGACCAAGAAGUUCCUUUUACAUACUUAGCUAGUUUGUCAGCCAAGUGGGUUGCAAUGAAGGAGACAGCUCCUCUGGUUCGGGGUAAAAUUAAGUGCUUUCUGACCGGUGUUAAAAGGUUCCAGUAUAAGAAAAGGACAACAUACGAGCUUCAGGCAUAUGUAGAUGAUGGUAGCCUUAUUUCUGAAAUCCUCAUUCAUCAUGAUGUUGUACAGAAAGGAAUUGGUUAUUCUCCUGUGGAGGUCACUGCAGCUCUUUCUUCUUCUGACACAAAAAUAGUCCUGAACAUGAAGGAGACUAUGCAUAAAUUCCAAGCUUUUUUAGCAGACUUUGAGGGAGUAAUACUUGUGGAAUUAAAUCGAAAAUGUUCCCUUCCAACUGCCUUAGACAUGAGUCAAGGCUGUCCUCAAUCUGAUGCGUGGUCACUUCUGAGAAGGCUUAAGUCUCUUCCCUCUGCACAAGCUCAAAACCAUUUCCCUUCAGACACAAUUGUUUUAUCCCCACUCCAACGGCGUUCCAGCUUAACAGCGGAAGACACUUAUUCGUUUAUGGGUGCACAAAAUGCUACAUCCAAUUCAGUACCCUAUGUGGUUUCAAAUGUGGAGCGAAUGAAUAUUGAUAUGCAGCGCCAGCGGCGUUCCAGCUUAACAAUGGAAGACACUUCUUCGUUUAUCGGUGCACAAAAUGCUACAUCCAAUUCAAUACCCAACAUAGUUUCAAAUGUGGAGCGAAUGAAUAUUGAUAUGCAGCGCCAGCGGCGUUCCAGCUUAACAACUGAAGACACUUCUUUGCUUAUAGGUGCACAAAAUGCUACUUCCAAUUCAGUACCUCACAUGGUUCCAAAUGUGGAGCCAAUGAAUAUUGAUAUACAGCGGGGUACUGAUCCCGUGUUCAAUGAUAGUUCAACAGCUAAUCAGUCUUCUUCAAUGGCUGAUGAGAUGCAUAUAGAUACUGCUAAUAUUACAAUGGAAAAUUCUGUUAGCAACCGAUCUUCUCACAUGCACUCAAAUGUUGCUGCGGCAUACGGAAACACUGUUCAUGUAAUGAGAGAAGGUCCUGUGCCUAUUGAAUGUUUUCCUGUUUCUGAAAAUGUUGAGACAUACAGGAAUAGAGUUCCUGAAAAUGCUCCUUGGAACAGAUCCUCCUCCACUGCAUUUAACAAUGAAGAUAUCUUGACUGUUGACACCAGUGACAAUCCACUCAUACCGUCUGGAGACCAAGAAGUUCCUUUUACAUACUUAGCUAGUUUGUCAGCCAAGUGGGUUGCAAUGAAGGAGACAGCUCCUCUGGUUCGGGGUAAAAUUAAGUGCUUUCUGACCGGUGUUAAAAGGUUCCAGUAUAAGAAAAGGACAACAUACGAGCUUCAGGCAUAUGUAGAUGAUGGUAGCCUUAUUUCUGAAAUCCUCAUUCAUCAUGAUGUUGUACAGAAAGGAAUUGGUUAUUCUCCUGUGGAGGUCACUGCAGCUCUUUCUUCUUCUGACACAAAAAUAGUCCUGAACAUGAAGGAGACUAUGCAUAAAUUCCAAGCUUUUUUAGCAGACUUUGAGGGAGUAAUACUUGUGGAAUUAAAUCGAAAAUGUUCCCUUCCAACUGCCUUAGACAUGAGUCAAGGCUGUCCUCAAUCUGAUGCGUGGUCACUUCUGAGAAGGCUUAAGUCUCUUCCCUCUGCACAAGCUCAAAACCAUUUCCCUUCAGACACAAUUGUUUUAUCCCCAUAAUUAUUUGAAUGUCCAAGGGUUCCUAAUUUGGCUGGGACAGAGUUGGGAUCAGAAUUGUUACAACCAAAUGCAAUGUGAAUGGGAAGAUGCAGUUGCAGCUCUUGCUUAUUGGAGAUGACAAUGAAACUGUGUUUCAUACUUAACCAAAAUCCUUGAUUCCUAAAAUCCUAGCAGAACUAAGAUUUACAUAGAAAUUUGGCUGUAUGAGAUGCCAUCUGGCCUGAGGUGAAUGUUUGAAGUUGACCUCUGGAUGUGAAAAAGGCAUUUACGUUCAGAUCCAGAUAAAGUCCACCAAACGUGUGGUGUCCAAUUUCAUCAAAAUAAGGUUCGGCCCUCCUUUUGAUCCAAGUUCUAUAGAAGAAAUGUCAUGAUUGGUUGACCUUGAAUAGCAUUAGUGCCCUAAUUGGUGAAAAUAGUGAAUGAUUGUUGGGAAAGGGAGGAAAGAAACAGGAUUGGUAUUAGGUAAAGGUUCGGCCAUAUAUGGUGUUGCCAUUGGAGGUGGUGCACUUAUUGAAUGCAUGUAACAUAUGUUUUAGUAAUUUAGUUUGAAAUGUAAAUUAUUUUCAGUGAUUUUAGCUUUGCCUAUUUUUAGCUCAUUAGUUUUGUAGGGUCUGCUCUGAUAUUUCAUCACCUCAGUUUGCAGUAAUAACCGGAAACGGGUCUGAUAAUUUUUCGAAGGGGUUUUGGGAAUCUAUUUUCACCGGAGGACCUAAUAUCCUAAACUUCUGAAGGUGAUUGACCCCCCAAAUAAAACUGAAGGGGAAACAAAAUGUAUAGGCUGUGUAGUACAAAAUGUAUAACUUUGUUAAACAAUAGUUUGACAUAACACUGAUUAGGAGUAAUA